AGUAGUCCAGUUUGCCCCUUCACUUGAGCACGCCGUCUAUUCCGCCGUCACUCGGCCCUCCGGACGACUCCACCUUAAAUCUCGCCUGGAUAUUAGCCUUCAGACACAAACCCUAAUAUAUAUAUAUAUAUAUAUGUGUGUGUGUGUGUGUGUGCGUGCACUCACACCACAUUUGAAGGCAGAUCUUCUCCCAAACAAUUCCCUAUCAAUUCUCAGUGGUAAAAUUCUCGGGAGACAAGGAAAAACUUUCAGUUGAAAAUGGUUAUGGGCGCCAAACUCUCAUCAAGAUUCAUUAUCUUCGCUUUUACAUUUCUCCUGUUAGUGGGUUUCUUGACAAUCUCCGGUGCUUCUGAUCCCACUACCGAUGGCGUGGAAAAUGACGAAUCAGACGAUCUUGAACAACUGUUAGCCUUAGACGAAGAGGAAGAGCAACAUGAAGUAGUCCAUGAGAGACUCUCGGAGGCGGACGUGUUGAGUAAGGCACAAAGGAUUGUGCUUGAGCUUAACAGUGAUAACGCCAAGAGGGUAAUUGAUAAUAAUGAGUAUGUGAUGGUUCUUGGUUAUGCUCCUUGGUGUCCAAGGAGUGCUGAGAUAAUGCCCCACUUUGCUGAAGCUGCAACCUCUUUAAAGGAUCUAGGAAGUCCCCUUUUGAUGGCUAAACUUGAUGCUGAGAGAUAUCCCAAAGUGGCUUCCCAGCUUGAGAUCAAAGGGUUCCCUACUCUGCUUCUGUUUACAAAUGGCAGUUCUCAGAUGUACACAGGUGGAUUUUCCGCGGAGGAUAUAGUCAUUUGGGUCAGGAAGAAGACUGGUGCACCUGUUAUUAGAAUAAGCACGGUGGGUGAGGCAGAAGAAGUCCUGAAAAAGUAUCAUAUUUUUGUUCUUGGCUUGUUUCAAAAAUUUGAGGUAUGUGGAUUAAGAUCCCACAACUAUCCUUUCCUUGGAAUUGUUUAACAUGAGCCAGAAAGAUACACUACAUAUGAUGGGACCUUUGGAAUGGAUAAAAUACUGCAGUUUUUGGAUUAUAACAAGUUUCCAUUGGUUACAAAACUGAGUGAAGUCAAUUCUGCCAGGGUUUACUCUAGUCGUCUCAAACAUCAGGUUUUUAUCUUUGCAAAGGCUGAUGAAUUCCAUAAUCUUCUUCAACCUCUUGAAGAUGUUGCAAGAAAGUUCAAAUCAAAGGUAAUGUUUGUAUAUACAGACAUAACAGAUGAAAAUCUUGCAAAGCCCUUCUUGACUUUGUUUGGGCUAGAAGAUUCAGAGAACACUGUGGUGACUGCUUUCAAUACCAAUGUCAGCUCAAAGUUUUUGUUAGAGUCAGAUCCAUCAUCAGGAAUAUAGAGUAAUGUGUAGGAAUUUUGCUUGGGACUUCUGCAUGAUACUCUGUUGCCUUACUUCAAAUCGCAGCCAAUACCAGAUAAUCAAAAUGCAAGUGUCCUGGCUAUUGUGGGGAAGACAUUUGAUGAGCUGGUGGUGGACAGUCCCAAGAAUGUUCUUUUAGAGGUGUACACACCAUGGUGCCUCAACUGUGACACCACAAGCAAGCAAAUUGAGAAGUUGGCUAAGCACUUCAAAAGUUUGGAUAAUCUAAUCUUUGCAAGGAUAGAUGCUUCUGCAAAUGAGCAUCCAAGGCUGCAAGCGGAUGAUUAUCCUACAAUCUUACUUUACAAAGCUGGUGCUAAAGACAAUCCAAUAAAAAUUUCAACCAAAUAUAGCUCAAAAGAGAUGGCAAUGUUUAUCAACAAACAGUUGAGAGGCAAGGAAGAAGCAACCAAAGACGAACUAUAGAAAUAGAAAAGGAGAAAACAGAAGCAAUUUUUGUAGAAACUAUAACACUCAGAGCAUUGGUGAGUAUUUAUUUGUUGUAAUAAAUUGAAACAAUCAUAGUCCACAGAAAUAUAAGCUCAAGUAAAUUAUAUCUAGCGUGAAAAAUAUUGAUAGAUGCUGCAAAUUUAGUCGCCAAAUUAUUUAGUUUAUGGUGAA